AGUAAUCUCCCGUUCGACCUCCUCCUUUCAUCCUGUGCGUGGUCGAUGGUUCCUCCGUCUUCACUCACUCGUAUGGAACACGAUCUAUAAGUUACGGACCGGGAUCACGGUUUCUCACCCAUGUAACGGUUUAAUCAUGAAAACCACGUGACUUGGCGCUAUUUACGUUUUGAGUCUUACAGUUUCAUACUGGAGUCCUACUAGGGUCAUCCGCCAAGAUACAGUACGUGUACCGGUAGCAGCAGAGCCUCACGGUCAGAAUCUCAGGGGAAAGAGAACAGCAGCACCGCCACCUACUGGUAUCAUACCGGUACCUGCACGGUAAGGGCACAGCGGAUUGAGUUAAUUCAAUGGCAAGGUUCCUCAACCCCCCCUUACACCGCAGGAGUACUCAACAGAUGCAUCACCUCGCUGAUCCCUGAAGUAAUAUCCCGAACGAAGGAACGACUGACUUCAACACCUGCUUCGUUCAUCCAUCAAUCCCCACAAAACAAAACAAAUAACGACAAGGACAAGCCGUACUGUACCGACAAUGGGCUACUCAACAGUCGACAAACUCUACCUGGCGUUCUUCGCCAUGUUCAUCCCGGCAAUGGCCUUCGUGGAUCUCAUCCCUAUCUGGCCACGCGCGAUUGUCCCAGCGCCCCUGUGGGCUCUCCAUGAAUUCUACCUGGACAACUUCAACGAUCAACUGGUGAUCAAGUUCCCCACGUGGUUCAGCGUGUUCAUCUUCUUCGAGGCGUGCUAUAACUUGCCAGUGGCCAUCUGGAUUUUCCUGGGGAUUCGUCGUGGUUUGUUCCCUUUACGGGAGAGCGGCGGGGAGGGGGAGAGAGAGUCUUACUAAUGAAUUGAAUUUUAUUGUAGGGGACUCGAGCUCCUGGGUUCACAUGUGCAUGUUCGGUGCUCUGUGCACGCUUAGCACUGUUGUUUGCAUUGCGGAGAUACGACAGGAUCCCGACAUAACUGCUUUGGAGCAGAAGAUGCUGAUGUUAUGUUAUGUGCCCUUCGCUAUUAUCUGUGAGUGUCUUUAGGAUUCCAUGGCGGGAGUUGAAGUGGUGCUCGAGUAGCAGCUAAGUAUGGCUUGCUUGGUCUAGUCCCAACUAUGGCGGUUCACAAUAUGAUUAGGAUACAGGACAGACUUGCUCUUGCGGAUAGGGCUGCGAUUGGGAAGAAGGGCAAUUAGGUAGAGACUGUUAUGAUGGAGGCCGGGAUUAACUGGGUCAGCGCAAAGUGGACUGCAAUUUAUAUUACCAGUACUCGUGCUCGAGUAUGGCGGGAUUCGGAGGCGUCGAAGGCGUACCCCGAGAAAAAGAAACAAAAGCUUGGCUACAUUGCUGACAGUUGUGGUAUCAUGUCCGGAAUCAAUUGCGAUAGUUUUGAAACCACCUUGAAUUUAACUCUGAACCUUUUAG